CUUGAGUUUUGCGCAGACGUCAUCCACACGCGCCUUGGAUGGAAAAGGAUAGGAUUUGACAUUCAACACCUGUCUAGAGUUUUCACACGUUUUGCUAUAAUGCAGGGGAUUGUGAAACCUCGGGUUUGCACAUUACCAUUUCUUGCACCGUUGAUAUCACGAGAGCUAUGUUUGAAUAACACAGCGGCAGUGGUGGUCUCCAGUAUACGACAAUACGCCGUGGUGCCACCAACUUGUGACCCCAAGGAGAAAGCUAUGCUGGCCCGGAUGCUGAGAGUAGACCAUGCAGGGGAAUACGGGGCCAAUCGCAUCUAUGCCGGUCAGAUGGCCGUGCUUGGCAGAACGCAGAUCAGACCGUUGAUCCAGGAAAUGUGGGACCAGGAAAAGAAGCACUUGGCAAAGUUCAACGAGGUCCUAGCUGAAAACAGAAUACGCCCAACUGCCCUUCUCCCCCUGUGGAACUGUGCCGGUUUUGCACUAGGUGCUGCGUCUGCUCUGCUGGGUAAGGAGGGGGCCAUGGCCUGCACGGUGGCUGUAGAGGAGAGUAUCUCUGAACACUACAACAGCCAGAUCAGAGCUCUGAUGGAGGUAGACCCAGAUAGAUACACUGAACUCUUACAGAUGAUAGUGGAAUUCCGUGAUGAUGAAAUGGAACAUCACGACACUGGACUGGCAAAUGAUGCAGAAACUGUCCCUGGCUACUGGCUUUUGAAGAAUGUGAUACAGGCAGGAUGCAAAGCAGCCAUUUAUGCCUCUGAGCGCGUUUAGAUCUCAGAGCUGUCUGUAAAAAGGAAUACUCAAAGUUUUUACCACCUUUUUAUUUCCUUCUGUAAAUAUGGUUUUGGAUUGCUCCUUAAGAAGCUGUUUUUUUUUCCAAUAAUGUGUGGGGUGCAUUAAAUUAGUUAAAUUA